AUGAAGCCCGAACCUCUUCGACUCUCUCUCAAGAGCAAAAAGACAAACGCAGCAUCCGAUAUUUCACAACAGCAACCUGGUGCAAGCUUCAUCGAGAUCGAAACUCCUACCGAUGAAUCCACUACGACUGAACGAGCCACCGAAAAAUUAUCUCGUCAUCCAAUACAGCCGAAAAACACGCCCCUGGCUGCUAUCGUAUCAAAGUUCGAGAUGCUUGAUGUCAUGACCGAUCUCGAGACACAAGCUACUGCCAAUCACAAUGCAUCGAACGUAGAAGUGCCUCAUUCGCCAGCUAACAAUAGCGUCGUCCGUAAGGAGCUUGGUUUCUCUGUCAAAUCUGGUCUUGCAAAGGAACCUCCUCCUGGACUAGGCUGUGAAGAAGUGGUGGAAACACAGUCAACCCCAAGCCCGAGCCAGAUCUCACAUCGUCGGAGUUCAACAUGCCAGCCCCAGAACAGUCAACAGACUGGAAUGCGACCAGUUGUAGAACAAACAACCUACGUUUUUGAUCCAUUUACGGGAGAGAGACAGCCCUACAAAGCAGGAAGGCCAGGAGAUGGAAGACAGAGAAGUCUUGUAGCUGAAAGACGACAACUUUUCGAAGCUCCGAUGAGUGGCGUCAGGACAAGCCUACCACUGCCAACUUUCAGCAACAACGGUAUCACGCCCCGAACAUCGACACCAUCUUAUACACUUCCCCGGACUAAAGCCUGGAAAAUGAGGUCGAACGAUAUCGAAGCUCUUCAAGAUAGCUCUCGAGCGUUGGCCAAAGAAGUCAUCCAAAUCGCGAGAAAACACAAAGGGAAAAUAUCUCCGUCUCCAGAGGACAAAGAGGCAGAGGGAAGCUCUUCGGGCUUUGGCCUCGAGCCAUGGAUGCCCUCCAUUCACGAGACGCUUCGAUAUCGAACUCAGAGCAAGUAA